AUGGCGACGCCAAUGAAUAAAGAUAUACAAGAGAAAAAAUCUACAGUUGGAUUCCUAUUAAUAAUUGGAGAGAUUAUUUCUAAUGAACAACGUGAUGAAAUCUGUGUUCAUCUCAAACAGGCAUUUAGAAAGAUCGACGAUAAAAAGUAUCAUGGAAUAAACGAUCUUUUUAAUAAUUUAAUUCGUGGAAAUGAAUUUCAAGCGGAUUCUCAAUAUCGACAAAUAUCCGAAACAGAAAAUGGUUCUGUAGCAGGUUUUAUUUAUUUACCAAGUUAUCAUACAGUAUUAAAUGUGCUCAAAGAUUUGUUUCAUAGUUGUUGUCAUGUUUCGGUUAUUUAUUGUGGCCAACAACUUGAUUCUAAUGGUGCACUGAUUUUAUCGGAUUCAUUAUUUACUUGCGAUAAUUUCUAUAGUGUAUUCGAAGACCAGUCGUCUUAUGCUAUUCAAGAUCUUCAAUUACUUUUACCAUUUGUUUCAAAUCAAUGGGCAAAAUUGUCAAGUAGUUAUUUAGCGAAAAAGUUACUCAACAUUCAAAUUAAUGAUUUGUCUGAUGAAAUCGAUCAAGAUAAUUCAUUCGGACACUUAUUUUAUGAACGCCUCGUUCAACUGUUAACCAAAGAUUCAAUUAAUUUUGAUAUUUAUAUGAAAUUAAUACCAAGAGAUAAUUCAGGAACAAUUGCUUUUGAUGAACCAAAUCUUUAUAUACUUUAUGGACAACAAGGUGAAGCAUCCUUAUUUGGUGUUCGAGGAUUCGUUGUAUUAAUUAAUGGCGGAUUCAGUCGUAUUCCUUCGUAUUGGAAUUUAAUUCGAGGAUUACAAAAUAUUGACGCAUGCAUUUUAACACAUUUCGAUUAUAAUGUAUUACCUGGCUUACAAACAAUCCUUCAUCGAAAAGUAAUUUCAGAAUUCAAUGACAAUCAAUCGUGCAAGCCAGAUAUUGGUACUAUGUUUCUUAAUCAUAUUCAACGAACAAAAAUACAAGCAAUAAAUGGUUCAAAGGCAUCAUCGAAUAGUAAACUCUUAAUUCAUUUGCCAGACAAUAUUAAUCAAUUUUCAAAUGAUAUUAAAAAAUUAAAUAUAGACACAUUGGAUUUAGUUCUACAUUCAACAGCAUCGAAAACAACUAUUGAACCAAUAAAUCUCUUUAAAAAAAUUGCAUUCGGCUCACUUGAUAUGUAUGUCUUGCAUCCAGUUGCAUCGACGACUGAAUAUGAAAAGACUCUUACAGCUUUGCAAAAGAUUUCAAUUCGUGAUCGAGAACCAUCAUCUUCAAUAAUUCCAUUACAUCAUUGGUAUUCUUCAUGUCUAUUACUUGUUUGGACACCAAGCUCUAAAUCGGGCAAAGAUACUUUAGUACGCAUUUUAUAUACAGGUGCUUGUCCGCAAACACUUGUCUUUGAAGCAUUGAAUAGAGUUCGGCAUCUUGAAAUUUUACAUGUAUCUGAACAGCAGCAAAAGUCUCAAAAGAGCAAUACGAAAAUAACAUCGCCUGUUGACAAAAAUAACGCAGACGUUAAAAUUUCUCCACAGAAACCUAAGACUUCUCAUCCGGUUACUAAUCGAGUAGUACCAUCAACAGUUAAAAGUAGGGUACCAAACGUUUUACCACAAUCUACUAAUUCUAAGCCAAAAGUAUCACAAACGAAUGUGAUCAAAUCUGAAAAAUCUCGAUCAGCACCAAUGGGAAAAAAGACAACUCCUCCAACUUCGCAUAUUCGUGCUCAAUCAAAUGGUAGAGAUAAAAAGAUACAAAAACCUCUGGCAACAACCUCGAAAAUCUCUGCUACAGAAAACGAAACAAAAAGUCAUGUACAAAAACUAGACGUUCAAGGUAACCAGCAAGAAAAAUUAGAAAUUCAUAACGAACAUCAAGAAGUAUUGGGUGGUCAAAAUGAACAUCAAGAAGUAUUGGGUGGUCAAAAUGAACAUCAAGAAGUAUUGGGUGGUCAAAAUGAACAUCAAGAAGUAUUAGAUGGUCAAAAUGAACAUCAUGAAGGAUCAAAUGACCAAAAAGAGCAUCAAGAAAACUUAGAAGCUGAAAAUAAUGAACGGGAACAAUCGAAUGAAGUCGAUGAAAAUUCCUCUUUUCGAAAUCACAUAGAGGAACUGCGAAAGGAAGAAAAUGAACCGGAAAUGCCACCAGACGAAUUCGACAAAAACAAUCAAACAUCAAUAGACGAUCAUGAAGAUAAAAUUCGACGUCCACAAUUUGUACCGUUAACAGAUGACCUUGAUGAACCAUUAGUUGAGAGUCACACUGAAUCGCCGAUGGUUGAAAUUCAAUCUGAAUUAGUUUCGGACGAUCCGAUGACAACAGGUUUUAUUGAUGGAACAUCCAAUACAAAAAAUCCGUUUAUUAGUGAAGAAAAUGAUAAUCACAAUGCUCUUAACAACGAUGACGAAGUAGAAAUAAUGCAUCAUGAUAUAUCAAGCACAGAUAAACAUUCAAUACCCUCCACUGACGAUAUUAAUCCACAAGGUUUACCAGUUGAAAAUAAUGUUCAAUCAAUAAAGCCGACUAUUAAAAGGCUAAGCAAUUCAUCUAAUCGAACAAGUGAAACAUCGAAACCAACAAAUACUACUACACAAGCAUCGUUACGUAAGCCUAAGCAAACUUCGUUAUCGGAUUCAAUAUAUAAUGUUGAUGUUGCCUAUAUUCCAUUUCAUGGUGAUCAACACUAUGUUGAUGAUGAAUUUUUUCGUCGUGUACGUGCUCGCUAUUACGUUUUAAAUGCCGUACAAAUUAAUCAUCUCACACUGGAAUCAUUGAUUCAUGGAAAAGAACAAUGGGAAAACAAAGAACAUGUACCAGUUAGUCUUGUACCAACAUUUGAUGGCGAGCAAUUAAGACAAUUUUUCGUAAUGAAUAAAGAUCGACUAGCAGAACUAAAUAUAAAUAUUCUUCCAGCGUCAAUUCGUUGUAAUGUUCAAUAUGAUGAUGAAGCAUCACCAGCACAAAUCUUACGCUUUAGUUCAAUAUUUAAUAAUGAUGAACAAUAA